GCUAGCUGCCUGGGCCGGGCAGGGCCUGCGCUUCUCCGCGCCCCCUCCGCUGCUGCGGCCUGGCCCUGCCCGAGCUCCGCUCUCUCGCCCCUUCCCGCCUCCGCUGCUCCCGCCCCGUCCCUCGCCUCUGCCCUCUCCCUCUCGUCCGUAGCUUCCUCUUUUCGCCUUUCUCGGCCGCCCUUUGCCCUUUCCCGCUCUUUCCCGCUAGUUCCUGAGCCCCAGUCUCGUUGUGUGCCUCUUCGGCUCUGCCCCCGCCUCCUCCUGCAUCCCUUGCCUAUUGGCCUGACCCAAGUCUCUCAUUCUGGCCCGGGGAGUAUCCUCAAGGAGCAGCUUUCCAGCGGGAGACCCCGGGCGGGCACAGCUAGGGCCCUGGACAGCUCCCCUUUCUCCGAACCCCCCAGGUCCCGACCUUUUUCCCCAUGUUUAAGCACGACCGAUCCAGUUUCUGGGUAAAAAGAAUUAACAUAGUGCUCUUGCACCUAGAGUGUAGGGGUUGAGUGAGUAGAGAGAAGCGUGAACGUGUUUUGUCUCGGGGGCAGAUUGUUGCAACUUAGUCUUGUUUGCGUCUUCCAGAGUUGCUGGACGCGAUUUUCUUCCCCGGAUUCCACACUUCCUGGUGGGCAGGGAAAUUUUCUAAAUCUUUAACAUUGUGAUGACACUCUUGCGCGCAGAUCCUUUAUUGAUCGUUCUCAGCUCUUUUCAGGGUCCUGGAAAUUUGGACCUAGGCUUGAGGUUCAAAGAGGUAUUGGUUAAAACUGCAAGAUGUAAAUAAGAUUGUGAGACAUACUCUUCGUUGAAAGUCAGAGAAAAUCCGGAAUUUGCCCUUUUGUUGGAGGAACUUAAAAGAAUUUUGUGUUUUCUGAAAGGUUAGGGAAAAUCCGAGGCCCCAUGUGAUUUGACUUAAAACAAAGUAGAAGUUUGAUCUUUGGGGGGAUUGUUCAAUUUCAAGAAGUUAGAGCAGUAAAAACUGCAAGAAUGCCUCCCACAAAUUUAAUAUUAAUGAAGAAGGGCAAAUCAUGUACAUGUUUCCCGGAGUUAGUUGUACAGCUCUUGAGUUGAGUGAAUGGGAAGCUGGGAAGAGGGAGGAGCAUAAUAAGCCUUUUUGUAAUUACAGACAUGCUCUGAUUUAGCUCUUACGGUCAUGCCUAAGAUUCACCUUUGCCCUGGGUUAAUAUAACUGAGGGAAAAGGUGAGUAAUCAAAAUGCUGGAAGUCUGAGACUAGUUUAGUUGGAACUUCAUUCCUAAAGUUUUACUCUGUAGCCAGUUUUAUUUUGGUCUGUUUUGGUUUUUAACUGAUGGAUCUUUUAGUGUGUCAACAAGAAUAUUAGCUGAGUUUGUAUUAACAUCUAGAGGUCACCUGCAGUAAUGUUAAGUUAACACUGUGUAAUUAAAAGUUCCAUGUUUGGGUGCAGAGCAUCUUAGCACAGUGUUAGGGCAGGAAUGAGAUUCCAGUUCUUACAGGAAUAGGGUUCACAGUCCUGGUGUCAGGUUCUCCCUUGUAUCUCCCUUGUAUCCCCGUAUUCUUCAGCAGGAAGAAUUUGUUUAUAGACUACAGAAGCACCCUUUUAGAUGCUGUGGAGCUUCAAAAAUAAUAGAAUAUGUGAUCUUUGCUCACCCCUCUCCCCAAGUAUAUAGGACAUUAUUGUGUAUCUGGGAGAGGGUCCUCCUCUGAAUCCUGAAGAAUUAGGAACCAGUGAAAUGUGGAACUGAUAAUGUUUCCUCAAAUUGAGGUACUGGUUAAGUAAACCAGCAAAAUACAUAUGGGGAGUGUAUUUAAAUUUUUUGUCUUAAGAAGUUGAGGUGAAAGCUAGCUGAAUUCUUUUGACACUGUUUUCAGUGCUCCCCAGAGAGAUCUGCCUAAAAUACCUUCUACACAUUAAUAAAUGAAACAAAUAGUCUUGAUCACUUGCUUCUUAAUUUUGCCACUGGUACUACAUGGUUACAUUAUAUCAAACAUGUUAUGACACUGUGACCUGUAGAAUAUUAGAGGUCUCACAAUAACAUCAAACCCACCCCUGAGAAAUGAGCAGAUAUAGAAUCAGAGAGGAUCCAAGGAUCCACAGAGGCACUGCUCCCUCUGAGGGUGCCUAAGGGCACUCUGGAAAUAGAGAAGUAUUAACGGGAACAUCGAUAGUAGUGUAAAACUUUCACAAUGAAAUCUGAAGCCAAGGAUGGAGAGGAGGAGAGUCUACAAACUGCUUUCAAGAAAUUAAGAGUGGAUGCAUCAGGGUCCGUAGCAUCUCUGUCUGUUGGAGAAGGCACAAGUGUCAGAGCAUCAGUCAGAACAGCAGUGGAUGAUACCAAACCUAAAACCACAUGUGCAUCUAAAGACAGUUGGCAUGGGUCUACAAGGAAGUCUUCACGAGGAGCAGUGAGGACCCAGCGUCGUCGGCGUUCUAAGUCUCCUGUCCUUCAUCCUCCAAAGUUUAUACAUUGCAGUACAAUAGCUGCUUCCUCGAGCAGCCAGCUCAAGCACAGAAGCCAGGCGGACUCCCCUGAUGGCGGCAGUGGGCUGGGAAUUGCAACCCCGAAAGAGUUCAGUGCAGGAGAAUGCUCAGCUUCUCUCGAUACUCAUCACACAGGGGCAGUUAUUGAGCCUUUGAGAACUUCGGUUCCAAGGCUCCCAUCAGAGAGUAAGGAGGAAGACUCCUCUGAUGCUCCCCAGGGCUCCCAAGCAAGUCUCAAGGCCAAUGAUCUCUCUGACUUCCAAUCCGUUUCCAGGCUAAACCAGGGCAAGCCAUGUGCAUGCGUAGGCAAGGAGUGCCAGUGUAAGCGGUGGCAUGAUAUGGAGGUAUAUUCCUUCUCAGGCCUGCAGAACGUCCCUCCCUUAGCCCCAGAGCGAAGAUCCACGCUGGAGGACUACUCUCAGUCGCUUCACACAAGAACUCUGUCUGGCUCCCCCCGCUCCUGUUCUGAGCAAGCUCGAGUCUUCGUGGAUGACGUGACCAUUGAGGACCUGUCAGGCUACAUGGAAUAUUACUUGUAUAUUCCCAAGAAAAUGUCCCACAUGGCAGAAAUGAUGUACACCUGAGAGCAAGAAGCUCAUUACUGUGCUUUAACCAGUGAAGGCUUGUCGGAGAGCUUAGUUAACGGCAGACGUUGCGGCCGCCUUGGUUGAGGAGACAUCUCCUUCUGCUCACUGUGCUUGCAGUAAAAACUUCUUGGCAUCUCAGUUAAUCUUCAUUCUUGAAAUUUAACUCUCUGAGUUCUUACGUACCCACCAAGGCAAGCCGAUCAAAAGAACAGUCCCUCUCAUUUAGAACUGUUCCUGGGGGAUGAAGAAAUGACUGCUUGACCGGUAGCAGUGGGCCUGUGGUGAAAGCCUUUGAAAAACAAUUUUUCAGCAUUUUUCAGAUCUGUUUCAGAUUUGGGUGCCAAGGAGAAUGAAAUGUGGUUUUGUACCUGGACUGAACAUUUGUCAUGCUGUAGUUGCCAGCCCAGAGUAUUAGAAGUUUUAUGACUGGUUUAAACCAGAUCUGAUUUAACGCAAGAUUUAUUGUGUCUUUAAAGGUUUCCUGUGUUAUUGUUAAGCCAGAGAUCUAAGGUUUAGAUUCAAUACGAAUAAACUAGCUGGCCUGCCCUA